AUGCCUGCCUCGCGCCACUUACCCGCAAAGGUCAACCCGUUGAUGACCGAGGAGAUCCCACCUUAUGAGACUUUGGUCGCUAGAAGAAGAUUGGGACAGACAGAUCUUGCUGUAAAGACAGGCCAGCUCAAUACGUCGAACUCUACCCGGCCAAAGAACUUAGGCACUUUCGACUACGCGCAUCUACGUGCUCCGUUGCCCAAAGGAAUUCACAGCGGUAUCUUUAAGCCUUCGCCCGCCUCGUACUUUCUUAUGCGCCGUAGCAAUGAUGGCUAUAUCAGCGCAACUGGCAUGUUCAAAGCCACAUUCCCUUACUCGGAGACUGCGGAGGAGGAGAUGGAACGUCGUUAUAUCAAGAGCCUGUCAACAACCUCUGUAGAUGAGACCGCAGGAAAUGUCUGGAUCCCACCUCACCAUGCGCUUGAGCUUGCGGAGGAAUAUCAAAUCUUGCCAUGGAUCAAAGCUCUCCUUGAUAACGCGCCAAUUGAAGUUAAUCCAACUAAAGACGCGGCACCUAAAUCAAUCGCGCCCCCUCCAAGGUUUGACUUCAAAGAUCUCGCGUCAAUUCCCGCACCAAAAUUACAUUUAGAAGAGGCCCCUCAAAUCUCCCCUCCCGAGACCCUAGCCGCAGCAACUUCAAUUCGUAGCCGGCCUCGCCGAUCCGCAUCACCUACUAAAUAUGCAUCUCCAUCCCCACGCAAGAUCGCUCGAGUACGCAAACCAAGCGCUAGAUUAGCAAGUGUGGAACCCGCUGCGGCUGCUACAAACAACGAACUCGAGCAAGUUCAAGAAAACGGAGAUGUUGAGGCUGAGGAGGAGAAAGUAGAAUCCACAGAAUCCACAGCUUCCGAGCUGUUUAGGGGAGAACCAAGAGAAGAGGCUGAGGAGCCGACGGUCAAAGUCAAUGUUAACACUGAUGUUGAGGUUAAUGGUGAUGUCGAGACAACCCGCACUCAUGUACAGGUCGAGAUGCCAGCUAGCUCGUCAGACCUCCCUUUGCCAGAGGAUACUGACGCCAUGAUCGCCAAGGCGAAAGAAAUGGUGGAGGCUGCCGUAAAACAAAAUAGCGUGAUCUCUACUGGCUCAAAGCAAGUGAAGAGAAAAGCUGACGAGUUUGAGGAAGACAUAGAUGACGAAGAGGAAGAAUCCUUGGACGCCGUUCCGGCCAAGAAGAUUAAGGUUGAAUCUGACUUGAAGAAGGAGAGAAUCAAGACUCGAGCCUUAAUUGGACUGAGUGCUACUUUGGCAAUCGGUGCAAUGAUUCCAUAUGUGUUUGGCGCAUUUUAA